AUGUUUGGGGUGUCCAAGAUGAUGUCAUUCGGGCCCCCCUGGCUCAUGAACGUCGGCCGCCGCCACCGCAUGUCCAUCGGCGUCAUGUACGGCCACUGGGGCACGCCCGUCCCGCGCCGCGUGCCAAUGCGCAUGGCGGUGGGCGUGCCCAUCUCGGUGGGGCCCGCGAUGCAGCGCAGCGACCCCGGGUUUGAGGAGCACGUUGAGCGGAUGCACGCGGCCAUGGUGGAGGCCAUCAAGGCGGUCUACUACAAGCACAGGGAGGGGUACGGCUGGGGGGACAGGCCCCUGGUCAUCGUCUGA